GUCAUGAUUGCGCCCAACCCACUCAUUCAUGGAGGACCCUCCUCCUCAACUGUCACCAACUCUCUCUCUCUCUUUCCUGCAUAAAUGACUUCUUUUCAUCCCCACUUACCCACUUAAAUAUCCCUACACGGUAGCACUCGCUUCUCUCCUCAUCACAGUAAUCUUGAAAAAAACGACAUCUCCAAGUGAAAUCCUCUCAAAACAGAGAUAAGAAAAGUAAAAAUGAUCAACCCCAAAAGCACCUUCAUCUUGGCUAUUCUGGUCAUCAUAGCUUCACUAUCUGCAGCAACCAGGCCUGACUUUUUCGAGCCUUUUUCAUCCCAGCAAAAGCACAACAAAGGCAGCAAACCAAGCAACCAAAACAACAAUAACAAAGGUGAAGGUGGUGGUGGAAACAAUGGUGGGAUUGGCGGUUUCUUUGGUCCAGGACCUGGGUUUGGGGUUCCAGGGUUUGAAAAAGGGUGGGGAAACGGGAUCAUAGGUGGUGGCUAUGGAGCUGGCUACGGAGGUCCUACUGGAGGUUAUUCAAAAGGUGGUGUAAUUAGGCCUACUGUUGUUUGCAAAGAAAAGGGUCCUUGUUACAACAAGAAUUUGACCUGCCCUGCUAAGUGUUUCACCUCUAUUAGCCGAUCAGGGAAAGGGUACGGUAGCGGCGGCGGUGGCGGUGGCUGCACCAUGGAUUGUAAGAAAAAAUGCGUUGCUUAUUGUUAAGGGGUAAUAAUAUAUCAUAUAGUACUUGCUAUAUUAUUCGUAUAGCUAGCUACUAAACCAUGUAUGAUUAUAUAUAUAUAUAUAUAUAUGAUCAGAUGCAUGGAGUUUUCAAUUAAAAAUCAUAUUAAAUUAUUAAUAUAUAUAUCUAUGGAGUAUAUUUGAUGGACUAAGAGUUCUCUUUUACUAGUGGGAUAAACUAUCAUAUUAAUUUAAAUGAAUAAAAACGAGAGAAUAUGCUUAUAAUUACUUUCUUGUUUAUAUUUUAAUGUGAUUGCUAUGGUGUUGUUGAUGUCACGUGGUCCAUUUCAUCUGUGUUUGGUUUACAUAAUUGUACUGAAGUUACACCGGUGAUCUUCUUCUGCAUGAUUGAAAACUCAGGGUAUAUCCAGAAGUACUGUAAAAGAUAGAAAAUGUUCAACAAUUUCUGCUUCCUGCUUUCAUUUCGACACUUUGAAAAAGGAAUUCAUGAUAGCAGUGACUGGAUAACGGUAUGUGUAAGCAAAACGGACCGAUGAUUGACCAUCUUCUGCCGGCUUUAGAUGGCAGUUCCUUCAGUGUUUUCCUUCUUGGGAGCAAGGGAGGGAAAGCUGGGA